UUUCAAUAUUUUGAAUCAGGGCAGGGCAGGGCAUUUGAUUGAGGCAUAGAGAGAGAAGAAGGGGAUGGCGAUACUUUACGCGCUGGUGGCGCGUGGCUCGGUUGUGCUGGCGGAAUUCAGCGCUACUUCCACCACGGCGAAUGCGAUCGCGCGUCAAAUUCUCGAAAAAAUCCCCGGUAACAAUGAUACCAACGCCUCCUACUCGCAGGAUCGCUACAUUUUUCACGUCAAACGCACCGAUGGCCUCACCGUCCUUUGUAUGGCCGACGACACUGCCGGAAGGAGAAUUCCUUUUGCAUUUCUUGAAGAAAUUCAUCAGAGAUUCGUCCGGACAUAUGGUCGAGCUGUAUUGUCCGCGCAGCCAUAUGCUAUGAAUGAUGAUUUUUCAAGGGUCCUCAGCCAACAAAUUGAGUAUUUCUCAAGUGAUCCUAAUGCUGACAGGAUAAACCGGCUUAAAGGUGAAAUGAGCCAGGUUCGGAAUGUCAUGAUUGAGAACAUUGAUAAAGUUUUGGAUAGAGGUGAUCGGCUAGAAUUAUUGGUUGAUAAAACUGCCACUAUGCAAGGGAACACUUUACGCUUCAGGAAGCAAGCUCGCCGUUUUAGAAACACUGUAUGGUGGAGAAAUGUCAAGCUUACGAUUGCAUUGAUAUUCCUUCUCCUGGUAAUAAUCUAUGUCGUUUUGGCUUUUGUUUGCCAUGGCCCCACUCUUCCGUCUUGCCUGUAAUGAGAGCAUGCCAGAGCUACCCUCUCCAUCUGGUCCGGAUGACAAUCCUGGUACUACACAGAGGUAACUUCAUGCCCUAACCCUCAACAAUAUUUUCACUUUUAACGAUAAAUGCCAGCUCGACGAUGAAACUGAAUCAAUGUGCAUUACUGUUGGAUCAUUGGCCACUCGUAGUGGUAUCAGAAAUCCAUCCUAUAGGUAGAAUAGAUUUUAGACCCCACAAAAACGGGUGAAAUAGGUGCAUUUCUGUACUCUAGCUUUUGGAUUAUUUCCAUAUGAUUGUCACUCUAAUCUUGAUAGAUAGAAUAAAUUAAAUAAGAAAUCAAAAGCAGUCACAUGUUGUUGAAUGAUCGGUCCAGAUUUGCCUCCUUUAGCAUGUGUUUUCCAGAUUGAGGGGCCCUUUCACGUCUUAACCAAAACAUAACAUCCCAUACUUUAUAGUAUUGUACCUUUCAUUGUUAGCAUAAUAUUUGCCAAAAUUGUCUUAAUUUUACCUAUUUGUGUCUGUUAAUUAGUACUAAAAGUAUUUUGUACCAUUUGUGAACUUCAAGUCCGCAAGCUUACAAAAAUCCAACUUGCUUGUAUGCCCCCCUCUCUCUCUCUAUCUCUCUUCCACUCAAUUCCUCUCCCAUCACCAACCUCACUUCCCCUUCUAUAUAACAAGGAGAUUUGCACUCACCCUUUGUCACACUACUCUCUCUUAACUCUCAACCCUAAUACACCACCAUGGCCGCAGCCUGAGCUGUCGUGAUCCUCUCAUUCCUCCUCCUCAUCUCGGCCUCCUUCACCUCUGGGUGUGGCACGUGCCCAAGGCUCCCCCGGUGAACCCGUUCUGCCCCAGGGACACAUUGAAGCUCGGCGUCUGUGCUGACCUCCUUGGCCUGCCCCGUCGGGCGACUAGUGCUGCCCGCUGCUCGAGGGGGUGGCGGCAUGCCUCUGCACUGCCAUCAAGGCGAACGUGCUCGGCAUAAACCUAGACGUACCGGCGGCGCUCAGCAUCUUGCUCAGCGCUUGCCAGAAAACGGUUCCUCCCGGUUUCAAAUGUGAUUGAAUGCAGUGAGAACUGAGAAGUUCAUUGAAACUUGAGAUUGAUGUGUACUGUAUCCCUCUUCUUUGUUUGUGUGUGUUCUCUCCCUCUCUCUCUCUCUCUCUCUAUUUAGGUUUGAAUGAUUUAAUUUCAUGCAAUAGGCUAGGCAAGAAUGUUUGCCUUUAGCGUACUAAUAAUGCCUUGCACUAUUUGUUACCAAUCUGCAGUAGAGUAUUAUUGUGACGAUUUGAUGCUGCAUGUGUCCAAAAUUAUCAAAUUGCUGGAUUUAUUUCACAUUAUA